CUCGGCUGAGUCACCCGCUCAACCAGUAUGCGUGCAAGUACGGGCUGGAAGUUCAAAUCCCGGGCCUUGUGUUGAGCUUUCUGACGCACACGCCUUGAAAACGUUUACGUGCUACUCGACCGCAGAUGAGGACAGGAGUCCAUCCAGCGGCGCCGCCGCGACUUACAAUUUGUGUACUGGCCCGGCUGCUCAACUCAAUUUACACAAAUAUCAAAUCAACUUUUACUGAAAUGAAUUGAAAUGCCAUUUGUCUAUUCCGGUUUCCCAUAAAAAAAAAAAACAAAUAUGUUAUAAUAACCAUAUGAGCACUUUAUGUUGCACUUAGUUUAGAGGUUAAAGAUAAACACGACAAUUACCUAAGAUUGAAAAAAUCGGGGCGGCACGGUGGAGCAGCUGGUAGAGCGUUGGUCUCACAGUUCUGAGGACCCGGGUUCGAUCCUGCCCCCACGCCUGUGUGGAGUUUGCAUAUUUUCCCCGUCCCUGCGUGGGUUUUGUCCGGUUUCCUCCCACAUCCCAAAAACAUGCGACAUUAAUUGGACACCCUAAAUUGCCCAUAGGUGUGAUUGUGAGUGCGGCUGUUUAUCCCGAUGUGCCCUGCGACCAAUUGAGGGUGUAACCCCGCCUCCUGCCCGUUGACAGCUGGGAUAGGCUCCAGCACUCCCCGCAACCCUCGUGAGGAUAAGCGGCAAAGAAAAUGGAUGGAAUGGAUGAAAAAAAAAUUUAUUAUUAUUAUUUUUUGCUUCAAGUCAAUGGGGGUUGUGCCGCUCCUUCUGAUGUGCGUGCCUUGGCCACCAGGGGGCAGGAUAUUGGUCGUUCUUCGCAGAGGACACAGACUACUUUUGUAUUAGCUGUCCUCAGUUUGAUCUUGAAGUUCCUCAUCCGCAGCCCCGCCCCUCGCCGCCCCCGCCUCGUGGGAGCUUUCCCAGCAUGCCUGUCACACACUGUAAUGUCACACCCGAGUAUGAGGUGACUCCAGCGCCGCGGGUCAUCUUUACACCAUUGUGCCGGCGGACUCCGGUUUGCCCCCCGCAUUCACGACCGCGUAACACCAUCGACGCGGCGGCGGCGCAUUAUGUCCCAAUUAACACAAUAUGCGAAACAUGAGCUGCCAAAUAAGAACGAUGAGACCUUGACAAACCCGUAUGUGCGCCGUAUCGGCUACCGCGCUCUGAUGUGUUCAAAAUGCCGCCGCGGGCGACGUACGGGGUGAGGCUCGUCUGUUUGAUUUAAAGAAAAAAAAAAAAAGAUUUUUUUUUUAUAAUUAGAUUAGUGAUGGAAAAUCCCCAAAUGGGAAGUCGUAGGGAAUGCGUCAAAAAAAUGAAGAUACAUAAGGCAAAAGUAGAGAUUACCCAUGUAUUCAUUUGUAUAUUUUUACAACAUUUAGGAUUUCAAAUGAAGGUUUCACGGCCAUUUUCAAGGUUUCAAGACACCAAAUUUCCUUCCUCUCUUUCAUUCACAUUUUGUACUUUCUUCGACACUCACUUCUUCCAUUCCUUUCAUCAGUAGCAUCCAAUAUGUAUUUAUAUCUGCAAGGAAAAUGCACAACGUCGCCAAAAUGGGUGCGCUUUCCCGAACUCAACUCAUUUCAACUGUGUUUGGGGGAACGAUUGGGUUAUACUGCCCCCUAUCGUGCUGAAGUGGCAUGCACAGAAUUCUAGUUGAGUUCAAGUUUGUCAUGUAAUUUUUAAGAUGUUUGCAAAUGUCAACAACAGUUAUUUAAAAAAAAAAAAAACUAAAAUGCUUUGUUCGCGUCAACAUACAAAUACAAUGAACACUACAAGAUUGCUUCUGUAAUUCCCAAUACUAACCACAAGAUGGUGCCAAAACAUUACGUUUGUCAAAAUGAACCUUCAAAUAACAACAUUAUGUACUUCCAUGCCACCUAGAUGGCACAAAUAUAAUUUUAUUCAUACAAAACAGGCAAAUUAGCUUUUUAAGCAAAUACGAUACGGAUAUGUUACAUUUCAAAUGGGUUCAAAUUCAACUCAAGAUAUCAACUACAAUACUUUUUGUGUGUGUUUUUGUGCUUAGGCACAGUACUUGUAGCAUUACUUUGGGAGUACCUGGUGAGCCUUGUUCAUGAUUUGUUGCGGGUCCUUGAAUGCAUAUGCAAAAAUAUUCAAGUAUGCAAAUUUUCCGUCUAUCGGGGGGAAACUGAUGAACGGCAUUUUUUUUCAUUUCAAUCAAGAGUUGAUUUGAGAUACGGUGGACCCUUGGGGGCAAACCAAAAGCCGUGAAAAUCAUUUCAAAUCAAAAUAAUUUAUGGGGAUUGUGACUGCAUUGGAAAAUACAUACUGUAUAUAUUUGAACCCCAAACAUGUUUGAAUAAGUGAGGAUGAACCGCUAACAAGAUCGUUUUUGUGUGGUUCCUCUUCAAAAUCCGUGGAGAGAGCGGUGGUGGAGGGGUCGCUGGAGUUACGAGCGUGGCAAUGGUACAAAUUAAGCUCGUAUUUCAAGGCCAGGCUGUUGUUCGAAGAAGAACUCGCCCAAUCACGUGGCAGCACUCGCGCUUGCGCUCCCCCUCGUCAGCAACAGCAACAGUGAAGCCUCAGCAGCAGCAGCAGCAAGCGCCAGUACUCGUCAGGUCCACCGCCAGUACUCGCCCUUCUGUCGGCAGCCCCCCACCACCGCCUCGACCCCCAAGCCGGCUGGUGCCCCGUCGGCUGCGAAAGGAUGUUCGAGCCGAGGAGGAGCCCUUCCGGCAAAUGACGACGAGUUAUGGCCCAGCGAGAGCUGCCGCCGCUGCUACCACUAGGACCGCGGAGCGAGUGACAACGGCGACGAGGGGCAGGGCGGGACCGCCGAACCAUGUCGCUGUGAGUUGCGAUCUGUUCCCGAGCAGCGGAGGAGGAGGAGGAGGAGGAGGAAAGAGUUGGCCACACAGCGCGUCGGGGGGGUCGCCACCAUGGGCAACACGGCCACCAAGUUCCGUAAGGCGCUGGUGGGCGGCGACGAGGCGCUGGCCUGGCAGCUGUACGAGGGCAACCCGCAGUUCCGGGAGUGUUUGGACCCCAACGCCUCGUACGGAGAGCAGUACCAGCACAACACGCCGCUGCACUACGUGUGCCGCCAUGCCAUGACGCGGCUGCUCAGGUCCUUCUUGUUCGGCAAGGAGGGCAACCCCAACAAGCGCAACGUGCACAACGAGACGUGCCUCCACGUGCUCUGCCAGGGCCCGCACAUCCUGCUGCUGCCCGAGGGGGCGCUGUCGCCGCGCCUCGCCCGGCCCCUGCGCGAGGAGCAGCGGCGGGCCGACUGCCUGCAGAUGGUGCUGCGCUGGACGGGAGCUCGGUUGGAGGGAGGCCAGUACGAGAAGGCCAACGUCAACGCGACCGACAACCGCCACAGCACCUGUCUGCACUACGCCGCCGCGUCGGGCAUGAAGAGCUGCGUGGAGCUGCUCAUCCAGAGCCACGCCGACCUCUUCAUCGAGGACGACGACAGGCUGACGCCGUGCGACCACGCCGAGCGCCACCACCACACCGAGCUGGCCCUCAGCCUGGAGUCGCAGAUGGUUUUCUCCUCCUCCUCGCCGGGGCCCGUGCCGCCGCCCCGCCCGUCUCACUCCAGCGCGGACGCGCGCGGCGAAGGCAAGCUGCUGCACAAUAAAGAGCCUUACGAGGGCUUGAAGCUGCAGGACCUUCGCCGUUUGAAGGACAUGCUGAUCGUGGAGACGGCCGACAUGUUGCAGGCUCCCCUCUUCACUGCCGAGGCCUUGCUGAGAGCGCACGACUGGGACAGGGAGAAGCUGCUGGAGGCGUGGAUGUCCGACGCCGAGGGCUGCUGCCAGCGCUCGGGCGUGGCCGUGCCCACGCCGCCGCCCAGCGGGUGCAACGCUUGGGACACGCUGCCCUCUCCGCGCACCCCCCGGACGCCGCGCUCUCCCGUCACGCUGACCUUCACCUCCCCCACGGACAGCUGCCUCACGCCCGGCGACGAGGGCCUGGCCACGUGUGGCAUCUGCCUGUGCGCCAUCUCCGUCUUUGAGGACCCCGUGGACGUGUCCUGCGGCCACGAGUUCUGCCGAGCCUGCUGGGAGGGGUUCCUGAACGUGAAGAUCCAGGAGGGCGACGCCCACAACAUCUUUUGCCCCGCGUACGAGUGCUACCAGCUGGUGCCCGUGCACGUCAUCGAGAGCGUGGUCUCCCGGGAGAUGGACCAGCGCUACCUGCAGUUUGACAUCAAGGCCUUUGUGGAGAACAAUCCAGCCAUCCGCUGGUGUCCGGCGGCACGCUGCGAGCGGGCGGUGCGGCUCACCCGGCCCGGCCCGGGCGAGAGCGACCCGCACGGCUUCCCGCUGCUGGCCUCGCCGGCCGUCGACUGCGGCAAGGGCCACCUCUUCUGCUGGGAGUGCCUCGGCGAGGCCCACGAGCCGUGCGACUGCCACACGUGGCGGAACUGGCUCCAAAAAGUCACCGAGAUGAAGCCCGAGGAGCUGGCAGGCGUGAGCGAGGCUUACGAGGACGCCGCAAACUGCCUGUGGCUGUUGACCAACUCCAAGCCGUGCGCCAACUGCAAGUCCCCCAUCCAGAAGAACGAAGGCUGCAACCACAUGCAGUGUGCCAAGUGCAAGUACGACUUCUGCUGGAUCUGCCUGGAGGAGUGGAAGAAGCACAGCUCGUCCACGGGAGGCUACUACCGCUGCACGCGCUACGAAGUCAUCCAGCAGCUGGAGGAGCAGUCCAAAGAGAUGACCGUCGAGGCGGAAAAGAAGCACAAAAGCUUCCAGGAGCUGGACCGCUUCAUGCACUACUACACCAGAUUCAAGAACCACGAACACAGUUACAAGCUGGAACAGAAGCUGCUGAGGACGGCCAAGGAGAAGAUGGAGCAGCUGAGCAGAGCCUUCAUUAGCCGUGAGGGCGCCCCGCCCGACACGCGCUUCAUCGAGGACGGCGUGAGCGAGCUGCUGAAGACGCGGCGCGUGCUCAAGUGCUCUUACCCGUACGGCUUCUUCCUGCAGCAGGGCAGCACGCAGAAGGAAAUCUUUGAGCUCAUGCAGACCGACCUGGAGAUGGUGGUGGAGGACCUGGCGCAGAAGGUCAACCGCUCCUACCUGCGGACGCCGUGCCACAAGAUCGUCAGCGCCGCCCGCCUGGUCCAGCAGAAGCGGCGGGAGUUCUUGGCGUCGGUCGCGCGCGGCGUGGCGCCCAACGACUCGCCGGAGCUCCUGCGCAGGAGCUACCACAGAGGAUCGUGGGAUUGGGAGUACUUGGGUUUCGCCUCCCCUGAGAUGGGCAGUCGUCACUCAGUGCUGGGAGCAGGAGACCAAAGAGAGCGAGCAUCACAGGAUUUCGCUGACAUUCAGUACCGCCGGCGGCACCGGGCGCGGCGCCGGGGGGAAAUGCUGAAUCUGCACAAUCUCCGGAGCAGCAGCAACACGCCCGAGAGCAGCAGGAGGAGCGACAGCGCAGACGGUCCAGAGCGGAGCGAGGGCAGGCGUCGAGCGCUGGGCUCCCUGGACGAGGACGACCCAAACAUCUUGCUGGCGAUCCAGCUGUCCCUGCAGGAGUCUCGGCGUGAUGGAGUCCCCGACCCGGAGCCCGGGCCGCAGGGUUCCGCCGCGGGUCCGAUGCCGGGUCCCGGCGACGCGGCCGUGGGCCCGUCCCUCCCGGACCCGCCGCGCCCUCCCCACAGGACAGACUCGUCUUGCGGUUCUACUCAGGCGUCCGUUUCGCCGCCGCCGCCACCGCCCGCCGCCGCGCUGCCUCUCCCUCCUCCGCCUCCCCCGCUCAGCGCCGAGCUGCUGAAGCUGGGGGGCAGCCUUAUGAAACUCGGGAACCCGGCUCCUCCCGACUCGGACCCUCAGAGUCACUGCCAAAUCGUGGCCGAACGUGGCGCCCGCGAGGGUCCCUCCGACUGCGCUCUCCGACGACCCCCCACCCAGUUGUGCCUCCCGUCUCCGGAGCCGGAGCCCGAGACGCUGCUGCUGUCGCCCGUCAUCCCGCCGGGGAGGCCUUUCACGCCCAGCGACCCGCAGAGCCUUGAGGCCCUGGAUCCCGCCGCCAGCGCCCAGCUGCUGGACAACAUCAUGGCCUGGUUCAACUACAACAUCACCCCGCAGAACAACCCCCAGAGCCUGGCCCUCAUCCCCUCGCCGCCCACCACCGAGAGCGACUCGUCCCCGGACGUGCUCUCGGAGACCCUCGCCGACCCGCCCGCCGCCGCGUGGCGACCCCCGGAGGGCCAGCUGGACCUGGCCCGCGGCCGCCCCAGCAGGCCCGGCACGCUGGAGUUGGACAACAGUGCCGCCGGUGGCGAGGAGGACAACAAAGAGGAGGUAGGCGUCGAUGCGACGGCGGACGCGUCGCCGGACUUGGACCUGGUCCUCCAGCUCGAUGAGGACCAGUCCCCUGUGGAGUGGGAGGAGAAAGUCCACUUGGUGUGAAGCAGGAGGAGAGCGCUGCUGCUGUUUACUGUGUGUAAUAUUCUGAUUAUUAUUAUUAUUAUUAUAGGGUCAAACGUCAGUUCACGGAAAGAAAAAAAAAAAGUCAUUUUUCUGAACUAAAUUUUACAUUUUCUGGGGGGGGGUGUAAGAUUUCUGAUCCGACGACCCAGUUCUGUUUGGCAAAAUCUUCAUUGCAAAAAUUCCUUUUACAAGCUUCGACCCACACCAAAAAAUUAUAUUUCUAUUCUUUUACGUGGAAAACAUUUCAUUUGUGAACUGAAGUUUGACUAUUAUUAUUAAUAAAAAUAAGGUAUCGAACAAGGAUGUCAAGCACUGCAGCAAAGCUGGCACAGGCAGUUUUGUUUUUUUUUUUUUUUACUUCUAAAUCUUUUUUAAAUCGACAAAAAUCACGGCAAAGCUACUGAAAUGGUCACAUAAAAAUGCACAUUUAAUUUAUUCCCGCUCGUUACGUGUCCACAGAUAAUCAGGUAAUUUAUUUUUCGUUUAUAUUUUUCGAAAACUGGCCACGCCAACGGUUGUAUAUUUAAUAAUUUAUUUGACUGAAUGACUUUUUACUUUUCAAUGCGAUUGCGCCGCACCUGGAAAAAAAAUAACGAUAUUUUCCCCGUCGAGAAACCAAAAAAAGGUUAGACGUUUUUAAAAUAUUUUGUAAUAUUUGCGGUGGUUUUUGUUCAGUUUGGAUUUCAUAUUGCAACAACAAGUGGCUCUUAAUAAUUCAAAUUCAAAGUCCCGUCAUAUUAGCCAAUAAAAAAAACACAAAGAAAGCCAUUUUUGAAAAAGGCACGAUCACAGCAAAAAUAGUAUAUAAAAUGAUGCCCCAUUUUCUCAUAUACAUCCCCAAGUAUUUAUUUUUUAUUUACAUUUCUGUGGAUUUUUUUUUUAAAUAUCUGUUUGUACUGGUGUUGCAUCCAUUUUUGAUCGAUGUUCACAAAUAUGGUUCCUGGUGUCCAAAAAAAAAGAUCCACCUUUAUAAAAAAAAGUCUGCCAAAGCAACAGGUGGCGCUGUAACUCUUACAGUCCAAACUUCUGACUUAUUAGCCAAUCGCAAAGGUAAAGAAAGACAUUUUGGGGAAAGACAAAUUUAAAAUUUUUCUUUUUUUUUUUUUUAGAUAUCUACGUUUGUGCGGACACGGACUAAAAUUGCGUUUCGGUGCUUCGAUCCAAACAAACAGCAUUUUUUUUUUUU